AUGUCAAUACUCACAUCCGAACUCUUCUGCUGGACAGACUCCACCAUUGUGCUCACAUGGUUAAACAAGCCAGCUUGCCAGUGGACUACUUUUGUUGCCAAUAGGGUGACCAAGAUAACCCAGUCUACAAAGGCCGAGAAGUGGUCGCAUGUUCAAUCCGAACACAAUCCCGCAGACCUGGCCAGUAGAGGGGUAGCACUUCAGGAAUUGGUCGACAAUCCUCUUUGGUGGCAUGGUCCCGCAUGGUUGCAAAAGCCACGCAGCCAAUGGCCAAGUCAGGGCGACAAUUCCCCAGCGACCGAGCUAGAGAAACGUCCCCUUAAGUCCCACGUCGCAACUAUUCCGUCUGAAGAUUUCCUUGACCGUUUUUCCAAGUUCGACAAAGCACUGCGGGUUCUCGCUUAUGUCAAUCGUUUCAUCCAGCGAUGCAAAAAACAAGCAACACCCUCUGAUAAGCACCUGCUAGCUGCGGAAAUUUCCGCCGCCGAACGACUACUUAUUCUGAAUACUCAGCGCAGAGACUUCUCCCAUGAUUAUCACUGCUUUAGUGAAAAGCGCUCUGUGCCUUCUUCAAGUUCUAUCCUGAGCAUGAACCCGUUCAUAGAUCAACAUGGUCUGAUAAGAGCGUGCGGUCGCGUGACGGCCUCCGACAGCCUUCAAUAUGAUGAACGGCAUCCAGUUAUCCUUCCAUAUAGCUGCCCACUUUCUCGCCUACUUGUCCAGUUCACUCAUCGCAUAACCCUCCAUGGCGGCAACCAGUUGAUGCCUACCUCUGAUCUCACGACCGAGAAGUUCCUCGCCGCUUUCGCUGGCUUCGUUUCCUGGAGAGGGUGUCCUCGACAAGUCCAGUCUGACAACGGAAAAACCUUCGUUGGCGCUGCCGCCUUGCUUUCUAGCGACUUCCUUCAGGCUGUAAAAGAGUCUGUGACAGAUGCCUAUGGUCAUCAGCAGCUCACCUGGCAAUUUAUACCUCCGGGAGCCCCUCACAUGGGAGGCCUAUGGGAAGCUGGUGUUAAAAGCUUUAAAGCACUGUUCUAUAAGUCCACAGCCACUCGAAAAUAUAAUUUCGAAGAGCUUUCGACGCUUCUGGCAGAAAUUGAAGCUUGCCUAAAUUCCAGGCCACUCUCCCCUAUGUCCGAAGACCCUACCGAACUAUUGGCCCUGACACCAGGACAUUUUCUUGUUGGAGGACCUCUCCUGUCUACCGUGGAACCAGAAGUCAAAGGGGACACCAGGUCUAUGAUCAACCGCUGGCAGCAUCUAAAGGCUCUCCAUCAGCAGUUUCGUAUGCGAUGGAAGGAAGAAUACCUUAAAGAACUCCACAAGCGCAAUAAGUGGCAGGCCCCCGCGAAGAAUCUUCACGUCGGCGACAUGGUUGUCAUAAAGGACGAGAAUUUGCCUUCCAACGAGUGGCGGCUCGGCAGAAUUGACUCUGUCUUCCCAGGAGCCGAUGGCAAUGUCCGUGUAGUAGACAUCCGCACGGCACGCGGGGUUGUCAAACGUCCAAUAACCAAAGUCGUACUUCUGCCUGUGGAGCCUUCAAAACUUCCACAAUAA